AGGCGUCUAUUAAAGACAGGCUUCCCCUAAGGAUGAACCAGAAGAGCUACACAGUCAGGCCUGAGCCUGGACUAUCCAACACUGAGAAGACACAUCAUGAUGUUUUUGGUGAUUACCAGUCUGCUGCAGGAGGUUCUUGUGGUUGCAGGUGUAGCCCUGGACCCAUGCUCUGCCUACAUCAGCCUGAAUGAACCCUGGAGGAACACGGAUUACCACAUCAACCAGUCAUCUGGCGUGCCCCUGUGUGACAGCCACGUGUCUGGAGAAUGGUACCGCUUUACUGGCAUGGCUGGGGAUGCCAUGCCCACCUUCUGCAUCUCUGAGAAUCACUGUGGCACCCAUGCUCCCAUCUGGCUCAAUGGCAGCCACCCUCAACCCCACGAAGGCAUCGUCACUCUGCCUGUCUGUGCCAGCUUCAGUGACAACUGCUGCCACUGGAACGCCAGUGUAGAUGUGAAGGCCUGUACUGGAGGGUACUUCGUCUAUCGCCUGCCCAGACCCUCAGUCUGCUUCCAUGUUUACUGUGGCCAUUUCUAUGAUAUCUGUGAUGAGGUGGACUGCACAGGUCCCAAAUGUCCCGAGUCUGGCUGUCGCUGUGCACCUGGAACUGUCCUGGGACCAGACAGACAAACAUGCCUGGAUGUGAAUGAAUGUGAGAAGGGCAACGGUGGAUGUGCGGAGGUGUGUGUGAACACCAAAGGCUCCAGGCGCUGUGAGUGUGGGCCGGGCCGUGUGCUGGACGAGGAUAGACACAACUGCAGAGAGAUAGCAGGCUGUCAUGUUAACAAUGGAGGCUGCAGCCAUGGCUGCUCCUCACUGCUGGACUCCUAUCAGUGCCACUGUCCCAGAGGGCUGGAGCUGGGAAAGGAUAAACGCACAUGUCAGGUGCCAGUCCAGUGUGAUUCCAGCUCUAUUAUUGUGUCAGUUCCUAAGGACCUUGUAGGAGGAUUGGAGCUCUCCCUGUCCAACUCGUCUUGUCGAGGUGUCUCCAAUGGCACACACAUCAACCUCAGCUUCAGCCUCAAGACCUGCGGUACAGUGGUGGAGGUGACAGAUGACAAGAUUGUGGGCACCAACCUGGUGACAGGCCUUCCUAGGAGCAGCCCAGGCAGCAACAGUGACUUGAUAGUCCGCACAAGCAAGUUGGUGCUCCCAGUCACCUGUGAGUUCCCCAGGGAAUACAGCGUGUCGGACGGAUACCAGGCAAGUCUGCGCAGCUCAGCCCUCGAGUUGGCAGGCCACAGCGAAGGAGUCUUCCCCUUCUCCCUGGAGCUCUUCAAAAACGCAGAGUUCUCGGAGCCAUACCGCACGCCGCCCCAGCUACGCCUGCACGACUCCCUGUUCUUCGGGGUGGAGCCAAAGGAGAGAGUGGAGGGCCUCUCUGCACUGGUGGAGAGCUGCUUUGCCACACCAGGGCCCAAAGCUGACCAGGCCCUCAAGUAUUACCUCAUCGAAGACGGGUGUAUCUCUGAUGAAACUGUGACACAGUACUCAUCAAAGGACCAGCUCUCUAAGCACUACCAGGUCCCUGUCUUCAAGUUCAUUGGCAAGGACAACCAACAAGUGUUCCUCCACUGCCAGGUGUUAGUAUGUGGGGCAGGAGACUCCCGCUGUGCUCAGCGUUGUCGAGGACGUGUCCGCCGAGAGGUUCGGACUGGUGAACCUCAGGAGCAGCACACACUGAGCGGAGGCCCCAUCUUCAUCUUGCCUGAGCCAUAAUGCUAGCAUAAAGCCAAUAACACAAACAGCCAGAAAAACACCAUGAGAACAUGCCAGCAGCACAAGCCAGGAUUAUAAUAUAUUUGCAGAGUAACAUUUAGAGUAAAAGAUGAACUGACCAUUUCAGUUUAUUUGGCAAUUAAAACACCAAACAGGUAUGCAUGGAGCAGUCUGUUCUGCUGUCCCUCAUAUACAUAUAAAAGAUGUGCAGAUGUACAGUAUAUACACUCUUCUUUACUCCUAUGUAAGUUCCAGUGGCGUAGAUCACUUGAAUUCUGGUUAAUACAUCCAAGUUGGUGUGUCUUUGCCUGGCAGCACAAUUUACUGACAUUAAAGUGAAUGACAUUUCUAUUAGAAAUCACUCGGCAGGCCACAGUUCAUUUCUAACAUCUACAGCAAGAAGGAUGUUUUUCUAGGUCACACUUUAAGCGCUUUGAGUGGUCGGAAGACUAGAAAGGCGCAAUACAAGUACAGUCCAUUUACCAUUUAACUUUCAGGCAUUUCUCAGGCUUGAUCACAGCUUAAAGAUUUAAUGGAUUUAGAAAAUGUAUCUGUAUAUAUAUUUGUAUUUCACACUUAAAAAACUUAAAAAAAAUACAUGUGGAACAUCCAUAGAUGACUCAUUGGCUCAGUGUAAUCGAUGGCUGAUGGAUGAGCAAGUCACACAUUCCAGUGUGGUGGAAAAGAGAUGUUAGUGUGCCAUGGAAAAUAUGCAUAUGCUUCAUCACUCUGACAAUUAAUCUAGAAUUAAUCAUGUCAGUUAAACGGCAAUUAGUCAUGCAUUUAUUCAUAAAGAAAUAACAAAUAACUGGCAAAUAACUUACAUGAAACAUUAACAUAGUAGCUGUAAUAGGCAUUACAUUUACAUGACACUGGCUUAAGGUUUGAGCAGACUUCUUCUUGAUAAAUAGCAGCACACAACGAACCAUGUGCGCCAUAGUAAUUGUUUUUCUAUCCAGAGGAAAUUAAUCCAACUACAAUAUCCUUCCCAUCGGCACUUUGUUUGGAGUCAUUAAAGUAAUUUAUGGUAAUGGAGUCAUAGUGAAUGGAGAGUAUAACAUGCAUAAGCUAUUAAUUAGGAUUCUGAAAGUCAUGAUCAGAUACCUAAUAUUUGUUAGUACUGCCUAUGAAUAAAAUCUGAGAAACUAUUCAUUUGCAUUCCCCAUUUAUGUCUUUUUUACCUCCUAGGCUCUGAAUCUUGAGAUGGCUCUUGUGAAGUAUGUCCUCUUUGACAAAAAGCCUAUAAAUAUACAGUAUAAUCUGUGGAAAUA